CUGUGGGCCUCUUCGCAAAACGUGCAGCCCUGCCUUACCAGCUCUCUGCCCCUCUCUGAGUGUGGACCCUAAAGGGGGAGAAGGGAUGCCAGCUGCACGGGGGAAAUCCAAAUCCAAGGCACCUAUAACAUUUGGGGACUUAGCCAUCUACUUCUCCCAGGAGGAGUGGGAAUGGCUGAGCCCCAUUCAGAAGGAUUUGUAUGAAGAUGUCAUGUUGGAGAAUUACCGGAACCUGGUCUCGCUUGGUCUUUCCUUUCGGAGACCAAAUGUGAUCACCUUAUUGGAGAAAGGGAAAGCGCCCUGGAUGAUAGAGCCAGUAAGAAGACGCCGGGCUCCUGACUCGGGGUCUAAGUGUGAGACCAAGAAGUUACCUCCAAAUCAAUGCAGCAAAUCUGGGCAAAGCAUCUGCCAGAAACUAGUUUCUGCACAACCAAAAGCUCCUACACGAAAGAGUGGCUGCAACAAAAAUUCAGUCCUAAUAAAGGCUAAGAAAGGGCAUUCCGGGAAGAAACCUUUAAAAUGUAAUGACUGUGGUAAAACCUUUAGUCGAAGCUUCUCUCUUAAACUUCAUCAGAACAUUCAUACUGGAGAGAAGCCUUUUGAAUGCAGUAAUUGUAGAAAAGCUUUCAGACAGAUCUCAUCCCUCGUACUUCAUCAGAGAAUUCACAGUGGAAAGAAAAGCCAUGAAUGUGAUAAAUGUGGGGAAAGCUUCAAUCAAAGAACAACCCUUAUUCUACAUAGGAGAAUUCAUGAUGGAAAGGAAAUUCUUGACUGUGAGAAGGCCUUGAGUCAAUGUCAGUCUUUCAAUAUACAUCAGAAAAUUCACGUUGUUGGGAAUGUCUGCCAGUGCAAAAAGUGUGGGAAAGCCUUCAGUCAGAUGUCAUCCCUUUUACUUCAUAAAAGAAUUCACAAUGGAAAGAAAACACAUAAAUAUAAUAAAUGUGGGAGAGGCUUCAAAAAGAAAUCAGCCCUUGUUAUAAAUAAAAGAAUUCAUGCUGGAGAGAAAAUCCCUGAAAAUGUGAAGGCCUUAAGUCAGAGUCUACAGCAAAGAAAUCACCAUUUAGAGAAUCCUUAUAAAUGCAGAAAAUGUGGGAAAUUCUUUAAUAGGAUUUCACCCCUGAUGCUUCACCAGAGAAUUCACACUUCAGAGAAACCAUACAAAUGUGAUAAAUGUGACAAGCUCUUCAGGCGGCUUUCAACCCUUAUUCUGCAUCUAAGAAUUCAUAAUGGAGAAAAUCUAUACAGAUGCAAUAAAUGUGAGAAGGUCUGCAAUCGGCAUUCAUCCCUUAUUCAACAUCAGAAAGUUCAUACAAAGAAAAAGAAACUAUUUGAGUGUAAGGAAUGUGGGAAGAUGUUUUCUGGAACUGCAAACCUUAAAAUACAUCAGAACAUUCAUUCUGAAGAGAAACCUUUCAAAUGCAAUAAAUGUAGUAAAGUUUUCGGCCGCCAAUCAUUUCUUAUUGAACAUCAAAGAAUUCAUACUGGAGAAAAACCCUACCAGUGCGAGGAAUGUGGAAAAGCCUUCAGCCACCGAAUCUCUCUCACGCGACAUAAGAGAAUUCAUACUGAAGAUAGACCCUACGAAUGUGAUCAGUGUGGGAAGGCCUUCAGCCAGAGCGCACACCUUGCCCAACAUGAAAGAAUUCACACUGGAGAGAAGCCAUAUACAUGCAAAACAUGUGGUAAGGCCUUUAGUCAGCGCACAUCUCUUAUUCUACAUGAAAGAAGUCAUACUGGAGAGAAACCCUAUGAAUGUAAUGAAUGUGGAAAGGCCUUUAGCAGUGGCUCCGACCUUAUUCGACAUCAGAGAAGUCAUUCUUCAGAGAAACCCUAUGAAUGUAGUAAAUGUGGGAAGGCAUAUAGUCGGAGCUCAUCCCUGAUUCGACAUCAGAAUACACAUUCUGAAGAAAAAGCCUAAGGUGGUUUUAAAUCUAUAAAAUCAACGAAUGAGGCUAUCAAAGAUAUGGCAAAUAUUUAUUUGUCUAUAAUGUAAAUUUUGUGUAUAUGGGACCAUUUGAUGAUAUGUCCCACUUUGAAAGCCAAAGAGCAAAAGUCAUUGGUGAUUUUGACCUCAGGAUUUGAAAUUAACUGAAGGAAACUCAGAAGUUUGGUCAGCCAUUGGAAAUGAAGAUCAUUUUUUAUUUGAUAAGAAUGAC